AUGUCGGCGGAGCGCGCGCGCCCUCCGCCGUACGAUACCCUCUUCUGUGGCACGGACCAUUUUGCGUGUGUAGCGCUCCAGGCCCUGCUCGAACGUCCGGAACUUCAUCGCUCACUGCAUGUACUGACUCCCCCCGACGUAAAGCAUGCAUGGGGUGCGAAGCGCAUGCGCGUGUCGCCGGUCAAGCAGCUUGCCGAGGCACAGGGGCUGCCAACGCUGCAGGUCCCGCCCACAGGUCUCGACGACCUCGUGCUGCCGGACGAAAUGGCCGGGUCGUCGGCCCCUCUUCUUCUCACUGCGUCGUUCGGGCACCGAAUUCCGUCGUCGCUCCUGCAGCAAUUCCCAAAUGCGUCUCACACGCUCAAUCUGCACCCGUCGAUGCUGCCUGAGCUUCGAGGCGCCGCGCCCCUUCAGUGGGCCAUUGCGCGGCAGUACAGCCGCACAGGCCUGACCGUGCAGCAGCUCCACCCGACCGACUUUGACCACGGAGGUAUAUUGAAGCAGGUCGAAGUGCCUGUCCCGCCCGGCAUCACCUACCCCGAGCUGGAGGCGCAGCUGGCGCGGCGCGGCGCCCAGCUCCUCGUGGAUGUGGUCGCAUCGCUGCCCGACUAUAGCGCACAUGUGGUGCCGCAGGAGGCGCAGCAUGCGACGCGCGCGCCGAAGCUGCAGCCCAAGUUCUCCGUCGUGCGCUGGGCACGCUGGGACGCCAAGACAUGCGAUGCGCGCAUGCGCGCCUUCGGCUACAUGGGCAAACCACGGCGCACGGCCGAGGAGUGGUGGCGAGGCUUUCGAGACCGCGCCGAUGCGGACGGCCGCGUGCAGUUCGCCUAG